GCUGCCCAGGCAGCAGGGGGGUCAAAGUUCACAGGACGGAGACCCGGCCGCUGACCCUGCGCCUCUCGGGCGAUGGCCGCUGCUGGCCCGACUGAGGUGGUGGUGGUGGGAUCCUGCAUGACCGACCUGGUCAGCCUUACCACUCGUCUGCCAAAAGCUGGAGAAACUAUCCAUGGACAUAAGUUUUUCAUUGGUUUUGGGGGGAAAGGAGCCAAUCAGUGCAUCCAGGCUGCUCGACUUGGGGCCAAGACCUUGAUGAUUUGUAAGGUUGGGAAGGACUCGUUUGGCAAUGAUUAUAUUGAAAAUUUCAAGAGAAAUGGGAUUUCUACAGAAUUUGUAGGUCAGACUGAGGAUGCUGCUACUGGAACUGCUUCAAUAAUUGUUAACAGCGAAGGACAGAAUGUUAUUGUCAUAGUCGCAGGAGCCAAUUUGCUUUUGGAUUCUGAAGACCUGAAGAGGGCUGCUAAUGCCAUUUGCAAGGCCAAAGUGAUCAUCUGCCAGCUAGAAAUAACACCUGCUAUUUCUCUGGAAGCCCUAAAAAUGGCACACUCCAAUGGAGUGAAGACCUUAUUUAAUCCUGCUCCAGCUCAUGCUGAACUAGAUCCACAAUUUUACACCCAUGCCGACAUCUUCUGUUGCAACGAAAGUGAGGCAGAAAUUUUAACAGGCAUCCCAGUGGGCAGCCCUGAAGAUGCUGGGAAGGUGGGACUCGUGCUAUUAGAAAGAGGCUGCAAACUAGUAAUCGUUACUCUGGGAGCAGAAGGCUGUGUGAUGAUAUCAGUGGAUGAGCCUAUUCCAAAGCACGUUCCUGCUGGGAAGGUCAGGGCUGUGGACACUACGGGAGUUUGUAUGAGCAUCAACACUCUGAGGACUGCUUUGGAGUGUCAGAAAAUAGAGGACUCUUUGCAGGGGGCUGGCGAUAGUUUUGUGGGAGCACUGGCUUUCUUCAUGGCUUGCUAUCCCAAUCUAUCCAUGGAAGAAGUGAUCAGGAGGUCAAACUUCAUCGCAUCAGUGAGCGUCCAGGCAUCAGGGACACAGUCUUCCUAUCCCUACCGGAAGGACCUGCCACAGGAUCUUUUCUAACUCAUGGUGCAGACAGCUGCAUGUAUUGAUUGUACAAUAUCCCAGGCAAGGGAGUUCUGAUUGUGCACAGGCAAGCUUUUUUUUUCUCUAAGAGAUUCCAGGUCCUCGGCUACUAAAGGAGUAGAGAGCAGGAAAGUCUUUACUCCCUUCUCAAUCACUGAUUCCCUGUUAGAUUCUGGUCUAUAGUAGAGCACUAGGGUUGCACUCUUUCAUUCCAGCAAAAUAUCGUGGAUAUGUCCCUUGCCCUACACACUGUGCAGCACAACCAUUACUCUAAUGGUAAAACUUAGUAGUCUAUGUGUUCAACAUUUCACUCCACAAAAAACUCAUGUCUAUAAACUAAAGAGACAUCCCAUAAUAUGAGUAGGGAUAACUGAGCUCUGAAAUUCAGUGGCCUCCACAGACUUUGCUGUGCUCUCCACUAAUUAAGAUUCUCCUUGAUUUUGCUGAAGUUUCAAACCUCGGAGAUCGCUAUUGAAAUGUGAAUAAUAGUUAGCUUUGAGUUUUCAACCAAAUUCCUAUAGUUCUUGCUCUCCGCGGCAAGUGCCUUAGCCCAAAGUGUGACUCAUCAACCGUCUGCAGACCACACAUACCAGCAUGCGAAGUUCCAUCUCAUCCAUAGUCCACUCAGACCACAAUGAAACACUGCAUGCCAGGUCCACAUCUGCUACUUAUGUUUCUCUAUUGCAUGAUGGCUGCAGUAGGCUCCAUACUGUGUCCAUUAGGUGAGGUUUUCUGGUUCUGGGCAAGCUGCUGAUAGAGCCCUUAGGUGAGUGAGAUGUACAUACCAGUUUAUUAGCGGUUUAGUGUUCCAGGGAAACACAUGCCAAGAUGCCUAGUCAGUCUUAUUUGGCGAUAAACACAAAUAAACUAGUUAAAGAACAAAAUCAACCACAAUGCACUAGUCAAAAAGCUGGCUUAGACAUCUACCAUAGGCCUACUCAGGCAUAAAUUCAGAUGUGAAAAAUAAGUCCUACAUACAUGAGCUUGAUAAAAAGUUCUAUUUUGUGUGGGUCAAAUCCUGAUCUCACGGGAGUUUUGCCAUUGGCUUCAAAGGCAGCAGCCUUUAGCUCUACAGGAUGCUACAGGUCACUUUACUACUUGUAUUUUUUCUUCCCACCUCUACUAUAAGCUCUGAAACACUAGUGCUCCUCUGGUUUCAUCGGUCGAUCGUGGUUUAGAAUGCCUCUAGCAACCCUUCCACUGAAGUUCCCUUGUAGAAAAUGUUAAUUUUUUAUUGCUAUGUGAAACAAUAGUUUCUUUAACAAUUACAGCCAGUUUCACAAUGGAAAACACAGACAAUGGGAUCUGCUAUUUUAAUUUUUUUUAUUGAAGACUGUAAAAAUAACUCGAAGGAUAAAUAAAUGUUGAUGUGAUGAUCUA